CUCAAUUCAACGGUAGUGUUGAUCAGACGCACCAAUUUGAAAAGCUGUGCUUUCGUCCUUGGGCUGUUCUGAGUUUUGACAGAGACACAUUUGGUUUGCGCUUUCAGCUGCUUUUAAGGAGAGAUCAAAGACGGUCAAAGCAGAGAGAGAGGCGCGUGGCUGUUAAAACAUUCUCUAAUCAGCAGCUUUGACAGCAGGUGUGAAUUCAUGUCUGUAUUCUCCCCGCAGAUAUACUGCCCAGUGUUUGUGCCCGGCCGAGAUAUGACUGAGGUGAUGAUCAAUAGCACCCCCAUGGAGGACAUGAGGCUGAGUCCUAGCAAGGACAGACUCUCCUUCCAGAUAUUCCCCGACCCCUCAGACUUCGACCGCUGCUGUAAACUCAAAGAUCGUCUGCCCUCCAUCGUGGUGGAGCCGACGGAGGGAGAGGUGGAGAGCGGGGAGCUGCGCUGGCCUCCAGAGGAGUUCCUGGUCAGUGAAGAGGAAGAAGAGGAGGAGGAGGAAGAUGAGGAGGACGAGCAGAAUAAUGGCAGCAUCCCAAACGGACAGCCGACACAGAAUUCACAGCAUUAAAAGGCUGUGUUGUAGCAUCCACGCUCUCUUGUUUCUUUCUGUUGGACUCUCUUCUUCACACUGGUUCCACUGCUCCUCCGGCACCUCCAACAGAAUCAGACGGCAGACACACGCUCAGUGUGUCGUGAUACCAUCUCGUUGCCCUUGACACCAAAGCAUCACACCCCUCCCGAGAGAAGCAAUACACAAGAAACAAACCCUCACAUGAAGUAUCCUCCCAGUCUGCAAACGCACCAAGACAGGCUUGAAAAGAACAGACAUGCACACUCAUAACCUACACUUCCUACCAUGCCUGUCGCAGUGUGUGUCUCCACCUGGAAGAUGUCCUGUUGGACAGUGGCAGCUCUGAGCUCCAUGGACAGCUCUCACACUGUAAAGGGGGCUGCGACUGCUCUCCAUUUAACUCCAAAAAAAAAAAAAAAAAAAAAAAAUGGCUGGCGUCAUGACCCCAGAGACUCUCAUACAGAACUAUUGUGGUGCCCGUGGGAAUAAUUGUCUUCAGUACGCAGUCUGUACCUGUGUUCAGUUUCUGGAUUGAUAUGUUGGUUAUUGUGAUUGCCACUGCUGUGUUUCUGAGAAGUGAAUGUUUUGUGAUUUGAGAAGUGGGUGUUUGUGUAAAAAAAAUGUUCCUUGGGACUUUUGGUUUCCCUCAACAAGAUUUGUCUAAAAUAUUUUCUGUGAUCUUACCAUCAGAUUCAUUUAAAAAAAAAAAAUAUGGGAAUGUUGGAAUCAUUUUAUAACGGUGAAAAGAGAGCGAGAUAAAACAAACCAGCAUGCCCCUCUUUGUUAAUGUAAAAAUCAUUGUACAAAUUCUUGUUAUGCAGUCGGAGCUCAAUCUAUGUUAUGAUCCUCUCAUCGGGGGAGGGGGGUCCCCUGUAAGCCUUAGGACAACAGACUUGGAUCACAAAGAUAAAUUUGAAGUAAGGAAAAGUAGAUAAUUGUAAUUAAUGAUAGAAAAGUCUAAUAUUUGAAAAAGCAGUUUGUAAAACGAUGUACAGACCCAAUCUAGGAUGUUGUAAAUACUUGUUCCCUCUGAGCCAAACCCUGAGGCCUUGUGGUGCGCUGCUCAUGUUUGUACUCUGGGUUUGGUUUCCUUUUUAAGAAAGACAGAGAGUGAGAAUCCCUCUGAGCUGUACACACCUGAACCUAAAAGUUAACUGUCUUUAGUCUUCCUGUUCUUUCUUCUUCUUUUCUUUUCUUUUUAAACUGCCAUAUUAUUUUGAUGCAGUGGAGUUCAGGUCACACAGAAAUCACACCGUAGGACAGAAUUCAGAUGCGUAAGGCAAUAUCUUAAACCCAUUUUCAUAACACAGUUAGUCCUGCAUAUGCCAAAAGUUGCUCUCUGGUUGUAAUGUCUGUCAUUUAAUUUGUCUGUACUGAAGUCUCAAAAGUUGAUGUUACUUUGUUCACUCUUUAAAUAUCAACUGGUUGUUUGUGGAACAGUUCUUGUAAGUCAAUAAGUGAAAAAAGUCGCAAUAUGAAAUCCUGUUGUUCAAGCAUGACUGAGAUAUGUCUGUGUUAUAACUUCUCGUUCGAGUGGCAUUAGGGCUGUGUACAGAACAUCUCUCUCUCUCUCUCUUUCUCCUGUCCGUCACCUACAGGUCCCACAUUGUUUUUGUAAAGCUCAGGGAGAUUAGCCGCCAUCUUUCUCUUUUUGUUUUUUCUUUGUUUUUUUGUAUUUAGACCACUUUUCUCUGUGACGAUAACAGAGGCUGUAAAUAAACAUUUGAAUUUGCUAUCCAA